UUUACUGUCAACAAAGAAAUGAAAAGUUUUUAGUAAUUACAAAGUGAAUUUAAUAAUUAAGACAUGGGAUUCUUAACUAUUUUGAAAAAGCUUCGUCAGAAGGAGAAAGAAAUGAGAAUACUUAUGUUAGGCCUAGAUAAUGCUGGUAAGACCACGAUAUUGAAGAGAUUCAACGGCGAGCCUAUCGACACGAUCUCCCCGACCCUGGGUUUCAACAUAAAAACACUGGAGCACAAAGGUUUCAAACUGAACAUCUGGGAUGUUGGUGGUCAGAAAUCUUUGAGGUCGUACUGGAAGAACUACUUCGAGAGCACAGACGGAGUAGCAUGGGUGGUGGACAGCGCGGACGCGCGCCGGCUGCCGGACUGCGGGCGCGAACUACGCGCGCUGCUGAGAGAGGAGCGGCUGGCGGGAGCCACGCUGCUCGUGCUGGCUAACAAGGCAGAUCUGCCCGGAGCGCUUACGCUGCAGGAGAUUAAGGAGGCUCUAGACCUGGACAGCAUCAAGACGCACCACUGGCGCAUCGUGCGGUGCUCCGCCGUAACGGGCGAGAACCUUCUGGAGGGCAUGGAUUGGAUGCUGGAUGACAUCGCCUCCAGGAUAUUCACGCUGGACUAACAUCUAACACCAUCGCUAUGUGAACAAAUCUAUGUGUAUAUGAGACACAAAAAUUGUGUUUGCUCUAAAUUGCAGGUGCUAGCUGGCCUUUAGACACCCCACAGACAACAGACUUUUUGUUUGGCCGAUAGUUUGGUCGGGCUGUAAACGGCAUGUAAAAACGUAUGGUAUGUGCGGAUAUUACACCAAUUUGGUGUCGGCCGAUUGCCCUUACAAAUUGUAAGCCGACCAAUCUAGUCUGUAGUCUGUGGGGUGUCAUAAAUAAUUAUUCUUCUGUUGAAGUGGUUAGUCUUUUUAAUACCUACAAUCAUUUCAAUUGUAUAAAACAGAGAAACUGCCUUGACAGCUAGCAGCCUGUAGCUUUUUUAACAUGUUAUUAUAUGGCAUGUUUUCGUUUCAAUCUAAUGAGGGUUUUCGCGAAUGAAAGAUCCGCUAGAUGGCGGGACGUGGAUGUGGGGUCUGACUGCUGCGUGAUUGGUGGAUUUUGACAUAUCUGUCAAUGUCAUGUCAAAAAUAACCAAUCAUGCAGCAUUUGGACCUCGCGUCUACGUAUUGCCAUCUGGCGGAUUUUUCAUUCGCGAAAACCCUCAUUGAUAUGAAACAAAACAGUUAUUUAUGUAACAAAUUAUUUUGUAAAUGAAAAAGUCUUUUCAUUCCAUGACUUUACUUGAACGCUUGUAAACAUAACCACAAAUGCAAAUGAUAAACUGUGAUUUAUUCUUGAUCUAAAUUAUUGAACCUAUUAUAAAGUUUUGUAACAAGAA